AUGAAGAAUAUUCUUGCUUCUGAAUACGCUAGUAUUUUGGGUACACGUAUUGUUCUUGUACCAGAACAUCAAGAAAAUAGUGAUUUCAAGAUUAUUUUAGACAAGGAUAUCGAUCCAAAAACUUUUGUAAAAAGAUGCUGGCGUCACAAACUACCAAUAAUUGUGAAAAAUCGAAGCCUGUACUGCUCGAAAGAAUUUCCUUUUGAUAAAAAGAAAUCUUUUUUAAAUGCUUUGCAGGAAAAGUAUGGGAGUUCUUCACCAUUAAUAUCGUCAUUAAACUUGGAUAAUGGCAAACAAAUUGAGUUUUGCGGGUUUCAAGACAUCAAAAGCUUGCAAGCAGACUUUCAGAGGUUAAGGAUAGUAAUUUUGGAAAACUUGCAAAUAUCUUCAGUUGAUAGUGGUAUAGAUCUUGGAUCCAUUUUACCAGGGAUCCAAAAACUUAAUUUAUCUAAUAACUUACUCACUUCUAUGAAUGAUGUGCUAUUCCUAUGCAGUCAGUUGGCAAAUUUGAGCGAAUUGAUUUUGGACAAGAACCAAUACCUAUUUUUGGAUGGAUUAACUCAUACAUACUCUAUCCCCCAAGUAUCGAGCCUAUCAUUAAGAGAUUGUAACAUUCAAUCAUAUGAACUUAAUUGGAUACAAAUCACAUUUCCUUGCCUUAACGAACUUCACCUGGAUUACAAUGAUAUAAAUUUAAGCCAGUAUACUCGUUUUAUAUCAACCGGAAUCCUUAGCUUGUCACACAACACUCAGUUAUUGACAAUUGAUAUCUCUUCUUCUUCUGUGUUUGAAAGAACAAAAUGGCUUAAUAUUUCUUUUGCUAAUGUUUCCGACUUAAAUACUUUACCCUUAGAAAAGAUGCAAUACUUAUCUUUUCUAGAUAUUUCAGGAAACAACAUUAGCUCAUGGGAUCAAAUAACUCUUUUACAGAAACUUAAAAAUCUGAAAGAACUUCGUGUCUCUCUUUCAAAACUUCAUGAUAAGACUGAUGAGAGUAGAAUGUUUGUUAUUGCUCGCCUACCUGUCCUAAUGAAACUUAAUGAUGUUUCUAUAAGCAAGAGUGAACGCGAGGAUUCUGAAAUUUAUUUUUCCUCGUAUAUACGCAAGUACAUUUCAGAGAAGGAAAUCACUUCUGCUGGUGUAUUGGAUAGAAUAGAGCCCGUUUGGCGACACAUCUGGAAAAGACAUGGUUUGCCAGUACUAGAUUUUUAUCAAGACAGAAAAGUCGAAAAGAAGCCAGGUAUAAUUAAAGACAAUAUAUCACGGCCUGUGUGUGCUACGUACGAUGAAAGUCACGAAUCUCUUUACUUUCGAUUCCAUCAAAACUGGACGGUUUUAUCGGUUAAAGCACUAAUCGCAUCUCAGUUUAACUUGCGCGCUCACGAAAACGUGUUCCAGUUUAAAGGUCAAGAAGACAAAGACUUUCAAACAAUUGAUUAUACCCAGGACGAAAAGCAGCUAUUUGAAUUACCAUUCACGAUUAUAGAAGUUAAAGUAAAAAGUUUAAGGAACGAAUAA